CACAACAAAAUUAUGAGGGGUAAUGAGGUCAUGUCUUCUCCUCGAAGUUCAGUGUCAUACCUGAGAAAUCAAAAUGAGACACUGCCAUUAAAAACAUGAGAACUAUUUAAUUCUUAAUCAAUUAACUACUGCAUUAUUUUAACCCUUUCCAGUGCCUCAUGCAGCUAACACUGGAAAUGUUUCUUGAUUAGAUGCAUUAUUCCUAUGACACCUCCAAAAGAAACUGAAUUUAAACCCAAGAAACUUAACUGACAUCACACUUGUAUGUGAAGAGGUAAUUUGUGCUGAUCAGCUCCAAAGAUUAGUACUCUUUUGCCUUAUGCAAACUGAAAUGAGAAGUUUUGGUUAUUUAGUAACAAAAUAAAAUUUAAAAAUCCACAGUUUUUUUUUCUGUAAAGACUGUGGAUGCUGACAGUCUGGUCAGAGAGAAAUCUUCAAGAGAAAGUCAAAUAGCUUUUCCAUACAUUGGUCUGGGGAGCUGUGGAAAAGCUCAGUGAAGGAAUUAGAACAAUCCUUGCACCUCGUGCUGUGCAAUGUUGUUAUUUGCAAGAUAUUUACAAAAGAGUGUAGUUUCUAAUUAGCCAGUGAUGGUGAGGGGUGUUGAUUGAAGGACCAAUCAGGUCCAGCUGUGCCCAUACAGUCUAUAAAAGAUAUGACUUCUAAAGAAACUUUGCUAUAUGCCCUCCAAUGGGAUUGGAGUCUGUGUCGCUUCAUUCAGCUGUCCCUAAAGCAACAGUGACAAAAGACUUUCUAUCCUGGGUGGGAGGUUGCAAGCAAAACUAAAUCCACAGACAGAGAAGUUAGAGGGAUCACUUAGUGGACAAACUGGAAAUUAGAAGCAGGUGGUUGAAAUUUCUGAAGAACGAUACAAAAAUUAAAAUAUCUGCUUGCAAAUAUUGCAAAUGAUUGAUCAGCCGAAGCCUGGGGGAGACGCUGAGAAGCUCUGAGUUUGAAGUCAGCGUGCUGUGGAUGGAACUGUGUCCAGCACCUGGCACUGAGGCUGCAGAGGGCAGCUUGAGGGUGGAUGGGCUGCCUCAGGGAGCUGAAGAUAAGGUUGUAUGUCAUUUCACAUGACGUUACUGUCAUGAAGGUUAAUUUUAGGAGCCAUGGGUGUGUACAGGUGUUUGGGAGCACAGGCUGGUCUCACCCCACGCCGAGCAGGAGCUGAGCUGUGCGCAGCCGCCGCUCUGGGCUGCGGUUUGUGGUGCGAGCCCUGCGGAACUGCACUGUCACUUCCCCAAGUGACGAGGGCACAGCCAGAGCUGCCCUUACACCUUGGUGUGGGCAGAGCCACCUCCUGCCAUCCCCUCUUGGACACAGGGCUGGGGCUGGCCGGGGCAGCCCAGGCUGCUGCAGCAUGUGAGAGCCUGAGCCAGUGUGGACCUGGGGCAAGGGAGCAAAGGGAACCUUGCUGGAAGCUUCUUGAGAGGAAGAUGGAGAACCCACUUCUUUUGCUCCCCCAACUCAACAUUUCUGCUUCGAAGGAUAAACCCUAUUACAAAGUCAUGAAAUCAGAGAUUAAGGAAGACCCACAGAAGGCAAGCAAGCCUGGAGCUAAGCAGAAGAGAAAUAGGCUGAGUCUGCUCCUGCAGAAACCUGAAUUCCAUGAAGGUGAUCACCUUGGCAAACCUGGAAACCUGAAAAAAGCAGCAAGCAGUGUGUCUCCUGAAGAAGCAGUGAAAUGGGGAGAGUCUUUUGACAAACUGCUUUCUGAGAAAGCUGGGCUGGAUGUGUUCACAAAGUUUCUGAAAACUGAGUUCAGUGAGGAGAACAUUGAGUUCUGGAUAGCCUGUGAGGAUUACAAGAAAAGCAAAAGUGCACAUGAACUUCUGCCAAAAGCCAAGACCAUUUUUGAAACAUUCAUACAGAAAGAUGCUCCAAGAGAGGUGAACCUGGACUUCCACACCAAGGAAGUCACAAGGCAGAGCAUUGUGCAGCCGCUGCGCGGCACCUUUGACGCGGCGCAGAGCACGGUGUACCGGCUGAUGGAGCAGGACAGCUACCCGCGCUUCCUGAGCUCUGCUCUCUACCUGGGCCUGCUGCAGGGCAGGGCUCCCGCCCGUGCCCCCCUGCGCCGCCGCUCCCGCUCCUUCACCAUCAGCGAUUUCCAGGGCACUCGCCCGGACUUCACCGUGUGCGCACAGCGGAGCUCAGCCCUCCUCAACCCCAGCUCCCACAGAAACCCGCGUGUGUUCUGAACCCCAAACCUUCAGCAGGUGCGAAUAAGUGGUUAAGCAAAAUAAAAUGCACUUUCACCAGGUCAGAGGUCCGGGGCAAAAUCUCACUUUUGUAGAAAAGUAGGUAACGCAUUGGCAAGCCAUAGCACGCAGAAUUUCCAUACAGAAUUUUUUUCUUUUUUUAACUCAGGCAAAAGAUGUGAUCAGAUUUGGGGGAAAAAUUUGAAUUUCCUACUUAAAAAUGUCUCAUAAACAUGCCAUUUGGUAUUAUCCAACAUGUGUCCUGGUUCUGUACCAUUUGGGCCAGAGUUUCAUCAAGGUUAGAACCUCUGUAUCCAGUCUUUGCACAUAUUUAUGUUUUUGCAAUAUUUCCUACACUAAGCCAGAGAAUUUGCAAUAUUUUCUCAUACUGUCAAACACACAGAACAUUAUCAGGUAUAAUGCAAAGUUACAUGAAUUUUAACUAAAGACACUGCAUAAUUAAAUCUAUAAUUAAAUGUAGCCAUUGCCUAUUUUAACAGGAACAUAAAAAUACCAAUCAAAUUUUUUUGGGGUACACUUUUCUUAUUCCACAUGUCUGUUCUCUAUUUUUAAGUUAUGCUGUAUAUAUUAGCUUUGGCAUCAAAUACAUAUAUUCUAAUUUUUUGCAACUAAAUGAGCAGCAACAAAGGGCCAAGAAUGCUAUUUUAACACAGCGUGUAUCCUUAAAUACCAGGUCAUGUCAAUGUGUAUAUAUAUAUAUAAUAUUGCUACUUUUAUUUAUAAAUAGUUGUGGUAUACCAACUUUGUUACUAGACUUGGUUCUAAUUUUUUUGUGCCUUUUAUUUUGAAAAUGUGUCUGAAAAUUAACAGCUCUUGGACUCAGGCAGAGAAACUUUCAGUGCUACUGGUCAUUAAUAUCCUCUCUAUAGAUUAUAGAAGAGGAAGGAGAAAUCUUUUUUAUUUCUUUACUAUCACAGACAUAUUUUUUUGUAGUCAGCACACACAGUCAUUCUGUCCUUUUCUUUCACAGUUGAUGGAGACAUACCUUGAAUCUUGGGGCAGUUCUAAAAAUCUUAAGCUUUGGUUCAGUUUAGGAAGGGACACUGUAACUAUGACUUGUAUAUUAAGUUGGUUUUUGUGGAAUUUAAGCUUUCUCCCUUUCCCUCCCCUUUCUGUAAGUGGUGAAGGAGAAGAGGUGCAGUUCCUGAAGAUGGGACUUUGUGUUCAUUGUUAAUUUGGGGUGUAUAUGAGCUGCUGGAUCUGCAGGUUUCCCUGUCUGCUUUAUUAACUUCCAAUAAAUUUGAUCUGCUUAAA